CUGGUAUCUGCACCGCACUAUUCCUCCCUCCAAAUCCAAACCUCCCAAACCACCUCACAGAAACACCUACCCCUUUCCUCUCUCUCUCUCUCUCCAACCCUAACCAGUCACUAGGGUUAGGGUUUUUCCUGCUUCAAAAAUUCAAGCCCUCUCUCCACCAAUGGCCAGGUACCGGAGCCGCAGCCGCAGCCUGAGCAGAAGCUACAGCCCCCCUCGCCGGCGUAGCAGAACUCCGCCACGUGGACGCAAGCGAUACGACGACGACGACGAGCCUCGCGACCGCUACCGUGACAGCCGCUCUUACCGAGACCGCCGCUCACCGGCUCCGUCUGGCUUGCUCGUUCGCAAUCUUCCUCUUGACGCUAGGUCAGAUGAUCUUAGGAUCCCUUUUGAGCGCUUUGGUCCAGUGAAGGAUGUGUAUCUUCCUAAGAAUUACUACACCCGGGAGCCACGGGGCUUUGGCUUUGUGAAGUACCGUUAUGCAGAGGACGCAGCUGAAGCAAAGCAACAAAUGAACCAUAAACUUAUUGGUGGACGUGAAAUAAGGAUUGUUUUUGCUGAGGAGAACAGAAAAACUCCCCAAGAAAUGCGCACAACAACUCGUGUAAGUGGAGGAAGCUCUAGAAGAAGAAGAACUCCACCUAGGUCUCCAAGACGGCAAUAUCGUUCCUACUCCCAGUCAGUUUCACCUCUUAGGCGCGACUCAAGGGACCAUGGAGCUAGGGAUCAUUAUCGUUCCCCCGUGCAGUCUAGAUCAAUUUCACGAUCUCCUUCACCACACGAUGAAAGAGACUACAGGCGGUCCCCAAGUUCUAGGGAGAAUGGACGGAUUCCACGUGAUGAGAGAGACUGCAGUAGGUCCCCAAGUCCAAGGGAUAACGGUCAGGAUCUGCGUGAUGAGAGAGUCUAUGCACCUAGAAGGUUAAGGAGUCCAAGGGGUAAUAGGCACAGUCCUAUGUCACGCUCACGGUCAUACAGUCCUCGCUGAUGCCUGUCUGAUACGCUGCUCUGAAGUGCCAUCGUUUGCUGGUUGCUGCUUCAAACUGCAUUAGUUUGCUUAGUAGUAAAUAUGACUUUGGACCAUGUCAGUUUUUGUUUAAUGGAUUUAUACCAUUCACAUUGUGUUAAGUCACAUGGGAAUGUAAUUUUUGAAGAAGCUUUAUGUGAGUUUGUAUUGUUCCGUUUUCUUUUACAGGCAGUAAAUAAGGUGGUUCUAGUUUGACUGA